GAUUCAGCACGCGGCUCAGAAUCUCGAGCUCGCGCACUUCCCACUGCAGACUCGCUCUUGGACUGUUAUUCGUUUGGCUUACAGUCUUUGCUGAUCAUAGUGAGGCACUACGACCUUUUAAAUUCCUGCUAGGCCCCAAGGGCAAAUAAUCACAAUUAUAUCCUCUAUUGCAAAUAUUUAAUAUAAUUUCAAUCCAAGAGCCAUUUCGGACUUUUAUCAUGGGGAAGCUUUCGACAUGGACGCUUCUAGCAGUCUUUUCUCUGCUGAUAGUUAAAGGCAUCACUGAGGAUUUAAACUUGGCAGAUGCGAUUGAUGAUUUCGAACCAUCCUCAUCUACCCCAGCACCUAAAGUGAAACCGGCAGGUGGUGCAGGAGCAGCAGUGAAACCCACUAAGCGUCCUGUGCAGACCACAGCUAAGAACCCAGUAAAGCCCAAGCCGAAACAAACAGAUUUGGAGGAGUUUGAUCUUGCAGAUGCCCUGGACCCCGACAACGACAUCAGAGGAAAGGGCAAAGACUCUGGCAAAAGCGAUAAAGGCAUCGGAGGUGGAGGCCGUGAUGACGGCAGACCCAAUAGCAGAGGUGGAACUGGUGGUGGUGUGUUCACAGACGAUGACCUUUUGGAUGUGGGCAAUGAUAACACCUACAAACCAGACAAAGGCAAAGGUGGACGAGCAACUGGAGGGAGUGAAUUGGAUCCUGCAGAUGAAAAUAAUUAUGACACCAUGGCUGAAACUGGUACCAUUGCUGGCAUUGUGAGUGCUGUUGCUAUGGCUUUGGUCGGUGCAGUGAGCAGUUACAUCUCCUACCAGAAGAAGAAGUUUUGCUUCAGCAUACAGCAGAGUCUGAAUGCAGAUAUGGUGAAGGCAGAUGCUCCAGAUGCUGUAGUAGCACAGGAGCCACAAGUUCAGCAAACUCUUCUCCAGCCCCCCAAUGCUGAGCCACCGACAGAGGAAAAUGCUGUGUAACCUCAUAAUCAUCCAGGCUGAAGAGGGCGCAGUGCUAAGUCUUUGUUCUCCCAUUCGAAUACCACUAUAUGUCCCCUCACAUCUGAACCACAUCAACUUUUUUUUUGAAACACCUAUGUCAUUGCUUAAACUUUGUGUUUUUUUUUUAACUAUUCAUGUGCAGCAGUGCUACUAGGCCUGUUUACAACUGUUUGCAACAAAAUUGCUAUGAAAUGGAAAACACUUAAAAAUUAAUUUUAGCAUGGUCUGCUGAGAUUCUUGAAAUCACACACAAGUCUUUUUAUAGAAUUAGUAUGGGAACCCAUACUAUGAGUCCCACACUAUACUGCGCUAAAAUCUUUUUGUUUACUUACUAAAAAUAAUGUGUCAAAUUUGCUUGUCAUUUCUAUUAUGGACAAAUGCAUAUUUGUUACUGAACAGUCAGAUUAUUGGUUAAUCCAAAGUUUACAGAAACAGCUGAUUGGAUAAUCAGAGAAAUAUGCUUUUAUAUGUCAAGACUGUUGUUACCAAGAAAGGCUUAACAAAUUUGUUGCUUGUGGAAGUACAUGUAAUUUGCAAUUGAAAUGAGAUUAUGAAGGAUUUGUCCACUGUUUUAUGUUCACACUUUUGACAUUUUGGAAGGUUUUUUUAAUGUUACAUGAUCUGUAUAUAUUUGCCUUGCUUUCACAGAGCAAUGUGAAAAGAUUGUUACACAUGUAUGCAGGUUUUUGUGUCUUGGCAAACUUUUUACUGGAGUUACUUUUUGAGAGAGAGAGAGACAGAGAGAGAGAAAAUGCGACUGGAGUCCAGAACUAACCAACAGCUGCUCACCUUCUAAUUUGCUAUAAAAAGGAAACAAUGAUUCAAAUGAAGUAUAACUGUGAAGAUGUGGUUUUGUUGAUGAAGAAAUCGUGUUGACUGCUUUUGUGUGUAUUAGCUGGAUGUCAGUGAUUUAAAUUUCUUCCCUUUUUUUUGUCUUCCCUUUUUCACCCAAUUUGGAAUGCCCAAUUCCCAGUGCGCUUUUAAGUCCUUGUGGUCAUGUAGUGAUUCGCCUUAAUCCGGGUGGCGGAGGAUGAAUCCCAGUUGCCUCCGCGUCUGAGACCACCAAUCCACGCAUCUUAUCACGUGGCUUGUUGAGCGUGUUGCCAUGGAGACAUAGCGCGUGUGGAGGCUUCACGCCAUCCACGCUCAACAAGCCACGCGCCCCACCGAGAACAAACCACAUUAUAGCGACCACGAGGAGGUUACCCCAUGUGAUAUCUCUUUUAAACUUUCACCUUAAAACUUUGAUGUGAACACAUUAUACUGCACUAAGCCUUUUUCCCGUUAUUUUUUCACCCAAUUUGGAAUGCCCAUUUCCCAGUGCGAUUUUAAGUCCUCGUGGUCACGUUGUGAUUCCCCUCAAUCUGGGUGGCAGAGGAUGAAUCCCAGCUGCCUCCACGUCUGAGACCAUCAACCCGCACAUCUUAUCACGUGGCUUGUUGAGCACGUUGCCACGGAGACGUAGCGUGUGUGGAGGCUUCACGCCAUCCACCGCGGCAUCCGUGCUCAACUCACCACGCACCCCACCGAGAACGAACCACAUUAUAGUGACCACGAGGAGGUUACCCCAUGUGACUCUACCCUCCCUAGCAACCGGGCCAGUUUGGUUGCUUAGGAGACCUGGCUGGAGUCACUCAGCACGCCCUGGGAUUCGAGCUAGGGAACUCAAGGGGUGGUAGCCAGCAUCUUUUACCACUGAGCUACCCAGGCCCCUGAAAUUCCUUCCUUUAAGGGAUAGGUGGAUUUAGUGUGAUAAGAAUGCCUAGAAACAUUAGCGUGAAGUAACUCACGGGUGGAAAUAACUCAAGUUGUGUUUUCAUGUUAGCGCAAUAAUUAAGCAGUGUAGCAACUCUUGUAUAUCUGAUUGAUUGCCUUUUUGGGAUUUUAAGGGAUUGAUGUGCUUGUAUAUUGCAUACCGCUCUGAAGUUUGUACUCAAACCGUCGUAUCAGUGUAUCCCUAUUUACACUUGUAGCAGUAAAUGUACAUAAAUGUUUGUGCCCCCCUCUCUUUUCAAUUACGGGGAGUAGUAUUUGUCCUGGCCUAGUGUUUGUAUUGUUUGUAGCAUGUUUGAGCUUUAGCUUUCGAGACUUUUUAUAUCACUCAUAGACCUGUUGCACCCUGUUUAGUUUUGCUAUUGCCUUAAAUCCCUGGCUGCAUUUCCACUUGUCUGUUAUGGAUGAUUCGUCCGCUCCACUUGCCUUGAUGCAAGGGUACGGCCUUUGAGCUAGACCGUGCCCUUUAUUUCUUCUGAUUUGGAAGGUCACCAUCUAGAAUUGUCAAGAGAAUGAGCAAGUAGAGUUCAGCAGCUCAGUCCUUGCCAUUUUAUCCCCCACUUGAGAUGCUCCAGACUUUCCUGUAGCUGUUGUUUUUCACUGUGAAUUCAGGUGCACCUUUAUUACCCCCCAGCCCUUGCCAAUGGUGCUUUCCUUCCGAUGCCUUGCCACGCUAACAUUAGGGAAGACACGCUACAGUACUAACCUACAAAAGGAAACACUUACACUCGCAACCGUUGAAGGGCUUAUUUGAAUGAGUACAAACCAGAUGGAACAUUCGGAUUCAUUUUAACACAGGACAACAGUUUGAACAGAUCCAAAAUAUUGUUCUCUCACAUACCCAAAAUUAACUGUAGUUACAGAAGUAUAUGAUACUGAUGUCUGAAACAUAUUGGCACAAUGUUUGAAUGUUGGCCACUUCUACGCAUGACAAUGUGUCCUACCAAGGCUUUUGUACCUCAUCUAAGGUGAAAAUGAACAGAAUGUUAGCUGAAUGUAACUCUUUUUUACUGUUAUGAUUUUUUUGAUAGGCUACCAGAACAAUGUAGCUUUAUUGGUGCUACACUUGUCAGAAAUUAGAACACCAAAGAUGAAACAUAUAGGUGAUGGUUUUGCCUUUUUGCUUGUUCUUCAACUUUGGUGUCGAUCUAGUGAUCCAGUGGUAAAAGCAAUGAAUUUGUAAAUCAGACUUCACCAUUAGUGAAGUAAAAUAUACAAAGGUUUUGGUAAAGACAAAUGUGUAAAUUCACAAGUGUCUUGAGCAUUUUUAACAACUCCUAUCACUAAUUUAUUUUUAAAAAAGAAAAGGCAUUUAUAAGAACUGCUUCCAAAUAUGUUGCUUAGAUGCAUGAUCUGACUGUUAAAUCCUCCCUGAUUCUUUCAAUUGACCAUAUUAGUAUACCAGCAGUUCAUAUAGUGGAGGUUACAUUUGUAAGGAUCUUCGGGCUCUCUGGAAUUGUUUGGCCAGUAGUUGCAAUUUUGUCAAAACAAGGGUGUACACACAGAGCUGUACAUACAUGCAUGUUUUGGAUUCUAGCUGUAGAUAUUAAAGGUUUUUCUUGUGUACUGGGUUUAUUUAUAAACUUGUGAAAUUUGUUAUUGGGCGAUACAUUUUCUGAAGUGUUUUGGAUUUGCACUGCCAGUUUAGUUCAUGUAUCAUGUUACUGCCACAUAUGAGACUGUAAUGCUGUCAUUGUUGUUGUUACAAUCUUAGGUUUGUCGUUUAUUGCAUAAAUAGAAAUUUGGCUUUAAUCUGAACCUCGAAGAGAUAUUGACCCUCAGCAUAAAAUCUCAAUGCUUUCAUUAGUGCCUGCUCACUCAGAUACAGAAUGUAAUGAAGACACACAAUCACAUGUUUAAACUGGUAAUCCUUUUAUACAUGUUAAAUUUCUAAUUUCUAAACGUAUUCAAAUGUGUUCUCAAAUUUCACUUCGUAACUCACUGACUAUACCUGGCAGUAACAGAUCACCAUAAAUAAACCCAAUAAUAAACAAUG